UUCGAUAUCUGCCAAAGCAAAAUUGCACUAAAACCUUCUUUACUUCCACAAAAUAGAGAAGAAAGGACGGAACUAGAGUGCUUGAAGAAAAGUGAAAAACUUGUCUUGGGGCAUGGAAUGGUGCUUUUAAAGAAUUACAUCAGUCAUACUAAUCAGAUCAAAAUCAUAAAUAAAAUUCGGGAACUUGGCCUUGGUCCUGGAGGAUUCUAUCAACCUGUUUACCGAAGUGGUAACAAACUACAUCUGCAGAUGAUGUGCCUUGGUAAGCAUUGGGACCCAGAACGAGGAUCAUAUGGACUUAUACGGGAAGUUGAUGGUGCAUGUCCACCAAGUAUCCCUGUUGAAUUCAAGCAGUUGGUUGAAGAUGCAAUUCAAGAUUCUCAUGCCCUUCUAAAGGAAGAGUUGAAACUUAGCAAUGUAGAGAGGGUACUUCCUAGGAUGUCACCAGACAUCUGCCUUGUCAAUUUCUACACAGAGAGUGGGAGACUUGGUCUCCAUCAGGAUACAUCUGAAAGUUCAGAGAGUCGAAGAAGAGGGUUACCUGUUGUCUCGUUCUCAAUUGGCGACUCAGCAGAGUUCUUAUAUGGAAAUAACAGGGACAUUAAUAGGGCAAAGAAAGUUAUUCUGGAGUCUGGUGAUGUGAUAAUAUUCGGAGGCAAAUCUAGGCUUGUAUAUCAUGGGGUGAGAUGCAUUAAGCAAAACUCAGCUCCAAGUUUUCUGGUUGAAAAAGCAAACCUUCGUCCUGGACGUAUAAAUCUGACGUUUAGAGAGUUCUAGCGAC